AUGGUGAAAAGAGGAUACCUGUUGGCAUGCCUGAGAAAAUGCAGGAAGAUGAGCAGACAAGUGUUAGCAGCUUGGAUGAGCUAUGGCAAUAGGGACUGGACUCUUCUCACUUGCAUGAAUGAAGAGAAGGUCAUACCCAAAGAUGUGCCAAAGGGCCACAUGGUUGUCUAUGUAGGAGAAGAGUACAAAAGGUAUGUCAUCAGAGUAGCCUUCCUGACGCAUCCAUUGUUCCGAGCUUUGCUUGAAAGAGCUCAGGAGGUGUAUGAAUUUAAUUCUGAUUCCAAGCUCUGCAUUCCCUGUGAUGAGAACAUCUUCAUUGCUAUUCUCCAUUAUAUCAGUUCCCAGAAAUCUCAGAGGCUCUGGCUUUGCUUUUGA